UUGAUACUUUAUAUUCCUUGGAAAUCCUCUUUGACUCCACCUUGAAAUUCGAUCAAAACUACUCGGUCACACUAUGUUUUCAACUUGAAAAAUUGCAAUGGGUACCUAACCCGUAGCUGACGUUUAAUUUUAUUUAUUUACGAAAUAUAAAUUGUAUAUUUGUAUAGUGUUAAGUAUAAUAACAGUGUUAUUUUUAUCUAUUUUUAAUCUAAUAUUGUUCAUGUGUAAGAAAUAAUGUCCUUCGAAUACUUGCCCGUGGCCGAAGACGAAAAUGAGGAACCUAUAGAAUUACCAAUCGAAGAAGAUGGAACGUUGAUGCUGACAACAGUAUCUGCGCAGUUUCCCGGCUGCUGUGGCCUCAAAUAUCGCCACCCCGAAACGAAAAACAUCCGGGGCAUAAGGUUAAGAGAUGGCAGGUUGUACCCUCCCCCGGAAGGAUGGGGUAAUCACUUGUAUAUAUGCAGCUUUCCUAAAGAAAAUAAACGUAAAUCCGGUGAAAACUCUGAGACUUCUUCUGUUAAGAACAAAAGAAAUGAUAACCUGUGCUCGGAUCUUAUAGUGCUGGGCCUGCCAUGGAAGGCGACGGAGCAAACUGUGCGUGAAUACUUUGAAAAAUUUGGAGAAGUUCUGAUGGCACAGCUGAAGAGGGACCCUAAAACUGGUAUGUCGAAAGGUUUCGCUUUCAUUAGAUUCGCGUCUUACACGUCACAGAUGAGAGUGUUAGCCCAGAGGCACAUGAUUGAUGGCCGCUGGUGUGACGUGCGAAUACCUAACUCUAAAGAAGGCUCUGUUACAUCUAUGCCUUGUAAAGUAUUUGUUGGGCGCUGCACUGAGGAAUUAUCAGCUAAUGAUUUAAGAGAAUAUUUUUCUCAGUUUGGAGAAGUGACAGAUGUGUUUAUUCCAAAACCAUUUAGAGCCUUUAGUUUUAUAACAUUUUUGGACCCAGAAGUAGCACAAAGUCUAUGUGGUCAAGAUCAUAUAAUAAAGGGUGUAUCUGUCAAUGUAUCAAAUGCAUCACCAAAGCAAAAUAAGAGUGGUUCAAAUCAACGAAACUUGCCUGCUAGGAGCUAUGAUGAUGGGCAUGCACAUAAUGCAUCAAACAAUAAUUCUUGGAGCAGUCGUAAUAUGGAUAUGGUAAACAUGCAAGCUUUGGGUAUGUCUAGCCAACAUGGGCAGACUCCAGUUGCUGGAGGAGGAGGACAAGGUCAGGGUGGCAGCAUGCCACUUGGCAUGGGAGGGUUACCAGUAAACCAAGCACUAGUAGCAGCUGCACUAAAUCAAGCUGGCUGGGGUCUUAUAAACAACAUACAGUCUGGUGGCUCCGAACAAGGUGCCUUCGCAGGUCCCGCAUCUUCAGCACCUCCAGCUCCGCCCAACUUCCUCUCCUGGAUGCAACAAGGUAACUCAGCUCAGGGACCGUCUAGUCAGUGGGGACAACGGCACCAGUCCCAAGGCCACUCUGUUUGAUCCGACAACUGAUUCAACAAGCUCAUGAUAAUCUCUGUGAUUGUAGCGACAAUUAGAUAAUUAUCAUUUGUCUUUAUCUAUAUAAUACAACUGGGUUGUUCUGUUGGUGAAGAGUGGUUUACCAAGUUUGCUACUGAUGUUAUUUAUUUAUUAUGGAAUAGCUUGUGUUUUGUUGAUUUUCUUAAUACCCAUACUAUAUUUUGAAUGAAACUUGUGUAAAAUGGAAUAGACAUACUUUUCAAAUGGUAGAUAAAUUUACGUAUGUUUAUAAUUUAAACAAAUUAACUCAUUGUUGUGCUUUUUGUUUGUUAAUUACAUAAUUUAAAUUAUCUAAAUUUGCUAUUAACAUAACCAAAUUUUUUGUUGCAUUAGUACCUAUUCAUACUUCAUAAAUUGUUAUUAAACAUCAACUAUAGUAACACAUCCAUUUAUUAUAACUUUGAAAUUUAGUAGACCAAUCAUUUGCUUCAUAUAUAAUAUGUAUGUAUAGCAUUGUUAAUAUAAUAUAUAUAUUAAUUAUUGUUAACACUUGGUGGUGGAUUAUAUAAAUUCUAUUCUGGUUCAAGAAGUAUUCCAAUUUAUUGAUAAUCAUAAUAACUUCUAGAAUGGCACAUGUUCAUGCAUACCUACUUCAAAUUCUAUACAUUUUUAAUAAGCAGUUAAUUAAUUUUACUUCAGUGUUAAAAUAAUUGUGUCACAUUUUAGGAUUAUUUCCACCAACAUUAAUGUUAUGUGACAAAUAACAGUCUUAAUUUGCUAAUGUGAACUUUGUGAACUAAGCAAACUGUCUUUUGUUUCUAUUUUACCUCAUAGUAAAUACUAAAUGUUAGUUUUACUGUGUGUUUUUUGGAAAGCAAAUAAAUAUGAUUCCAGCAAAAUAUCUAAACCCGUUAUGGUAUGUCAGCACACACCUGACCAAUAAGUAUGAUAUCAGGUUAACAUAAUUACCUAUCUUUGAUAGCUGUGUGUGAAAUAGAAUUUAGGAGUACUGCUGUGGUUUUGUACAUUAAUAGGUGUAUGAUUUAACAACAGAUUGUUGAACAUUCGUACUUGUACAGUAAAAAAUAAAGUCUAUUGAAUUGUUAUCAUUGUUUAUCAAAUAAUGUUGAUUAUUAUAAAUUUAUUACGUAUGUUUCCUCAGGUGGAUGAGCAUUGAGAAUUUGAGAACAGAUGACUAUUUUUGACUAAACAAAUGGUUCGCGUAUUUUUGUGACUCAGUGUGAAAUUAUUUUUAAAUGAAUAUAUGUAACUAUACAGCACUGAAUCAAGCCACUGUAUAUAAAUUUAGGACAAAGCAGAAAGAUGGUUGUACAAAUUUCAAGACUGUAAAUAUUUCAAAGAAUAUGACACCAUAAGAAAUUAAUGGAAUUUUAACCAUAUUUGGUGAUUCUGAAAGACAAACUUAAUUAAUAAAGUUGAGAUUUCUAAAUGUAGCUCUAUCUCUGUCUUGCACUCACCGUAAGAAACAGAUAGCAUUAUUUUUAGAACUGUCAAACUAAAAUUAAAUUAAGUUUGAUCUACUAAAUUCGGCAUAGCACCAAUACAAUUAUGUGACAUCACAACGAUUUGUCGUUUUUUCCCAGAUUAAUUUAUAAAUAUUAGUGUGUCAGUAGUAUUGUAAACUUGUAUGAAAAAUUUAAACUUAAAACUGGGUUUGUGUACAGAGAAAAUUAUGACUGGCUCUCGUAAAUGUAAUCAAAUCAUUAAGUACAAAUAAAACCUCAACAUAUAAAUAUAUAUUAUGUCUAGAUAUUAAAAUACCAAAUGUUAUUUUUGCAAACUAUUUGCUGUAAGAUCUAUUUGGAACAAUAGAUAAUUAUUUGCUAUAAUUAAUUAAUAUUCUGUUUAUUUAAAUAUUUGGUUAUUGCUAACUCAUCAGUGUGACCCACAAUCAGCUUAUAUUCAUAGUUUACCAUUUAUUCACACUUAUUAUUUUUUGUUACUUUGAAGUAACAGUUUGAGGGAAAAUAUUUGGAAUUGUUUUUCUUGUGUAGGUAUGUUUUCGCUUGACUUUGUUUGUUUUAUUAACUUAUUAUGGCAAUUUGUUGUUUUGGUUCUAAUUUAUGCAUGUCGGUUAAUGUAAGAAUUUUGUGUGUUUAGUACAUAAUAUAGCAUAUAACAAUAUUAUGUAUAAUUUUGAAGGUAAAACAACAAGUCAAUUUAAAUUGGAUUAGCUUAGAUGUUACACGGUUGAUGUCCCAACAGGACAGUCUAAUUGUGCAAACAUAUAGGUGUGUAUGUAUAGCUCACAUGCGAGUUCUUCAGUUGUUUCCUAACAACUCUCUACAGUGCCGCUUAGCAGUACUACAUAUUUUUUCAUAGUCUCAAAAAUAUUUCGUUAUUAGAAUAAAGACGUGCCCCCUUCGCGUGUUCUUCAUUCUGAAAAUGACAAAACAAAGCUAUAUAAAAAAUUCUAGCUGUUCUCAUUCCGAUGUUGAAUCCUUAUUUCACCGUAUUAGUUAACUCUGAAAGUUUUGAUUUUGAAUAUUCGCCCGAAAGCUUUUAUAAUCAAUUCAAAUCAAAUUACGUGACAACAUUUUUAUUUCGCUUAGGUACCUACCUAACUAAUAAGUGUUUUUCGAAAAAGUCCUACAGUAGUAGUAGGUAUGAUAAAGUUAUAGAAAUAUUUUUUUUUACCUUUGUUUUAACUGACUAAAAUGAAUACUUGUCUAAUUUGAUUUUGUUAAUUUAAUUUACGAUAAGUAAAGUAAUUAUUAAAAAAGUGCUUGCAAAUGAGCUAUACAUCAUCAAAAAUCCUGCCUACCUGUGAAGUUAAAUUAUGUAAUAUUUAUAUCAUCUUGAAUAUUGCUGAUAAUAUUAUAAUAGGUAAUUGUGCAAACUCAAAAUUUUGAAAACGAGUUAUUAAUAAUCAUUAUGUCCAAUGCUUAUAAUGCUUACACGGCUUGGUUGUCAAUAGAAUCAAAUAAACAGGGAUCUUACCCAGCUUUAGAUACACAAAUGUACCCUUAAUAAACAUUGUAUAUUAACUCCAUAAUAUGUGACGUCCACGUAAAGUUUCACAUGAUAACCUAUCCAUGUUAUACCCACAUAUUGCUUCGACACGUACUUACUUAAAUAUACCUACCUAGUUUUUGCCAUAACCAUUAAGACUUAUUACUUAAUCUAAUCCUUCCGUAAAAAAAUAAUCUCAUAGGUAGGUAUAAAGUGAGAACAUAGCAAAAUAAAAACUGCAAAAUGUACAUUAUAAAGCUGACGACUAUAUUUCCAAGUGUAGUCAGAGGCGUAUAGUGCAUGGUGAACUAAGUACCCACACUUCACCGUAAAAUGUACAAGAUUUUUAAAUUCUACUUUACAUCAUCUCUAGACGAACGCCAUUGCUCGCCAGUUUAAUUUUCCAUAUACCUACCUAAUAAGUUUGCACAACGUGGUACCUCACCAUAACAUAGUGCCUUGCGCCGGUGCCUGUGCAACACUUUAACUCCUCCUGUCUCCGCUUUUGAAGCCCUUCCCUUUAUUAGAUUUAGUAUGAGAAGUCCCUGCUUUGAUUCUAUUGAAAAAAGUACUUAAAAUUUUCAAAUGUCGAUAUUUUUUCAAUGUAGUCUGACUACUGAUUUAGACAAAUUGGACAUCAUGUUAUCUACGACAAUAAGUUAGACCUCUCAGGGAAUCAUUUUUAAAAACCAAAUUAUACUUAUGAAUGUUAAGUUACCUUAGAAAUGAAUUCAAGUUAUUGUAAUAUUGUUAGCUGGUUUAAAAAUAUUGUAUGCUGUAACAGUCACGUGUGCAAACAAAGUAGCUCUAUUUAAAAAACGCUAGAUUAUCUGUAGUCGACUGGUCACUUGGGUGCUCCGCGUCAUGGCAUUUGGAAGAACGACGAGAGGAUGUUAGAAAAGUUUAAGUAAAUCUUGUAAAUUAGAUACAUUAAAUGUCUAUUUAUUGUCUAAUAGAGUGCAGUGCUAUGGUGGGAUUUGUGUAAAUGUUUUGCAAGUAAGUAAUUGAAUUUUUGCACCGGGUCAACGAUGUAUGAAACUUAUUUAUGUAAAAAGGCCGCAAUAAUCGUCACUUGAGAAUGAGAAGAAUGUUGUGAGUACAUACCUAGGUGCCUACGAGUAGCAUAGACAUCUCAUACGAUUCCCUGAUGAUGAAAAUAGUCAAUAAUCCAAAUGCGACAUCGAUAAAUACCUUGUGGCAUUUAAAAUUUAUUUUGCUUGCCUGCAUAUUUUUUAUUCAUCGAAAUUCAACUUUACCAACGUUUUUGGAUGUACAAUGCGUUUUUAUUAAGUAAGUAGGUUAAGUCGUUUGUGCGAGCUCAAUGUUCUGUGGAUAAUAAAAACAUUAACUAAAAUACUUUAAAAAAUCCUCAUAAUAGUGCUUACAUUUUAACAGCUAUAUCUACAGAUUGUCAUCAAAAUAUGAAUAUAGCUAAUUUGAAUAUGUAAUACCUACCUCACUUUAGGUAUACCUACCUUCACGCUUAGUCCUUUGCGGGGUUUUUGGCAAGUUUGGAAUGUUUAUGUUUUACUUUUUCCGUUUACAUGGGGCUCAAACACAGAACUAGCCCGUUUGAUGUGAUAUGACACUAUCUUUUGCAGUAAAACUAGCCAUGACGCUACAUAGGUACCGUUGUUUAACAUUACUACAAAUACUUGUGAACAUGCACAUGCAACUGAUGAUCGUGCACAUAUUCGUCAUUUGCUACUCCGUGAUACUAAAAUUAUACUAAAUAUUGAUUAACAGAGCGGACAUUAUAAAUUGUAUAUUGUAUGUAAUUUGAGUGUGAAUACUGAAUAUCUAUUGACAUGAAUUCAUGAAAUAAAAUUUAUUUAGCGUU